UCUCCACCUCGCCUUAUUGUUGCAGUUGCAGUUUUCCGUAAAACGCUACUUCUCUCUCUGCCUUCUCCUGCAAGACUUCUUCUUGGAUUCUCCCAAAUCCUCUCCUUUCCUCCUCCAGGAUCGGCUAUCGUUGGCCGAUUCUUCUUGUUCUCCUUUUUGAAUCGUCCUGCUAUUUUCCAUAUAAUCUAUUUUCUUUUAUCAAUUCGUCGACAUCACUCGGUAGGGGUUUGGGGAAUCUUCAGGUUGAAAAUAUAUAUUUUUGGUUUAUUUGGAUAAGAAAAUGUCUGGACUAGCUGCUUCAUCAGAACCUUCUGAAUCAUCUGAGUACAUUCUACUCGAAAGAGAUCAAUAUGAGCUACGGCCUGUAGAUAUAUCUAUGACAGCUCAGAAUAACAUAUGGAUUGAUCCAAGUGUCAUAAAACUUAAGCAUAGGAUAGGGCGUGGCCCAUACGGUGAUGUCUGGAUAGCUACUCAGCACCAACACAGUAAUGAUUACGAUCAUUAUCAUGAAGUUGCAGUGAAAAUGCUAUAUCCUAUCAAGGACGAUCAAAUACCGAUCUGUUUGGCCAAGUUUGAGGAACUGUACACAAAGUGUCGAGGGAUGGAUACUGUUUGCCAUCUUGAAGGUGUUACGAUUCAGAAUGGAAGAGUUUGCAUUAUCAUGAAAUAUUAUGAGGGAUCAAUUGGUGACAAGAUGGCUCGUCAAAAAGGCGGAAGAAUUUCACUAUCACAUGUCAAAAGGUAUAUUGUUGAUUUGGCUCGAGGCAUCCUGAAACUUCAUGGAAAUGGGAUUCUGCUACUCAAUCUUAAGCCUUGCAAUUUCCUUCUUGACAAGAAUGAUCAGGCCGUGAUCGGAGAUUUUGGGAUUCCACACAGAAUGUAUGGACUUUCAUUACCAUCUUCAGACCUAAUUCAGAGACUUGGUACUCCAAACUACAUGGCUCCUGAGCAAUGGGAACCAAGCAUCAAUGGUCCCAUCUCAUUUGAAACUGAUUCAUGGGGACUUGGGUGUAGCAUCGUGGAGAUGCUAAGUGGAGUACAACCUUGGUGCAGUAGGUCUCCUGAUGAAAUCUACCAACUAGUGGUACGAAGGAAAGAAAAGCCAAAAAUUCCAAGCGGGCUACCUCCUGAAUUGGAAGGUAUUCUUCAUGGAUGCUUUGAAUAUGAUUUCAGAGAUCGUCCUUUGGUGAAAGAUAUUCUCCGCGUAUUUGAAAGUUUCCCGGAUGGUGAUUAUAGCGAAAGCAAUGUUGGCUAUCAGACGGCUGAAAAAACAAGUCGUGUUAGUUUCACCGGUUGGGCACUCUUGAAGGACCAACUUCAGGUUGGCGAUAUUGUCCGCUCUAGGAAGCCAAGGAACUCAUGCAAUUCAGAGAGCAUGGAGAUCCCAGAGGGUAUCAUUGUUGGGAAGGAAAGUGAGGAGCAUAGUGAUGGCUACAUUCUUGUUCGGGUCCACGGACUUCACAAUCCUUUGAGAGUGCACAGUUCUACGGUAGAGCGGGUGACCUACGGCUUUGUUGUUGGUGAUUGGGUACGGACGAGUAAUGAGGACAAGAAGGGCUCGCCGGUGGGCAUCCUUCAUAGCAUAGAGCGUGAUGGAAAGGUAACUGUUGGUUUCAUCGGGAUAGAAACUCUUUGGAAUGGUCAUUAUUCAGAACUUCAAAUCGCAGAAUCAUAUUGUAUUGGCCAAUUUCUGAAAGUGAAAUCAAGCAUCUCCACGCCGAGGUUCGAGUGGCCGUGCAAUCCUGGAUUAGAAUGGGCAAUCGGUAGAAUAUCUGAAAUUCGUCCAAAUGGAUGCCUAAUAGUUAAAUUCCCAGGCAGGUUUAGCUUUGGAGAAGCUAACAGCUACUUUGCCGACCCUUCGGAAGUGGAAGUAGUAAACUUCAAGAAAUGUGAGGGGUUAGUGAAGAAAUAUCAGCAUCUCGAAGACUUUCAUUGGGCCGUGAGGCCAUUAGCUAUCACGUUCGGGUUGUUGGCAGCACUGAAACUGGGGACGGUCAUCAUAAAAAGCACAGGCAAGUCGCGGAGGAAGAAGACCGGUACAUUUGUUGAUCUCUCAGGGCAAGUUGCGGACCAACAGCAGAUAGAGGAACCUAGUAGUGCUAAUCCAGCAUGGGUUCCUCCUUUAGUCUCAAAUAUAUUCUUUGGAGACGGAACUAAUGCUACUCGAUAAGAACAAUCCAACUUCUUCAAGAUCAAACUAGGGAAGACUUAAAUAAAUGUAUAUAAAUACAGUUCAAAGAUUAUUUUCAUCUAAUGUUGGUUUAAACUCUAA